GCACGAUCAAGUCUUUCGAUCAGGACAAGGGCGUCGGCCUUAUCGAGUGCGAAGAGCUGCAGGUUAUCUACGGUUGCGACACAACCCUGGAUAAGAAACAGUUCGCCGGCCUGAACCUGGGCGACACCGUUCGCUUCUCGAUCCGGGUGGUCCGGGCGGGCGGUCUUGACCACCAGCCGCAGGCGGUCGAGCUGUUCCGGGUGGUGCCCGAGUCCGAGGCCCACGACGCCGCUGCGGCGGCGGAGGCGGGCGCCAGCGGUGCGAGCCCUGGCGGCGGAGCGGCGAGAAGGGACGGGCCCCGGAGGUACGAGGGUAUUGUGAAGAUGAUGGAUUCGGAGAAGGGCUUCGGCUUCAUUUACUGCCAGGAGAGACUCUGCGAGGGUGUGGCACUCUGGACCAUUGAAUCGAUGUGUCGUUGCAGCCUUCAGUCGGUGAGUUCUCAGACAGAGGCCUGGUAGCCGAGGCCCGCACACGGGGGCGGCGGCGACCCCGCCGCGGGCGUUCAAGGUUGAACGCCGCCAGUGGCUCAG